UUUGUCCUCUCGGGGCUCACUCAGAGCCUCCAAGGUCAGAGAAUAUUAUUUGUUGUGUUCUUGCUCAUCUACAUGGUGACAAUGGUGGGCAACCUCCUCAUUGUGGUGACCGUGGUGGUCAGCCCAACCCUUAAUGCCCCUAUGUACUUCUUUCUUGGUAACUUAUCAUUUAUGGAUGCUGUAUAUUCUACUACAGUCACUCCAAACAUGAUUAUUGACUUACUCUAUGAGAAGAAGACCAUUUCCUUCCAAGCGUGCAUGUCCCAGCUCUUUCUAGGGCACCUGUUUGGUGGUGCAGAGAUUUUACUCCUGGUGGUCAUGGCUUAUGACCGCUACGUGGCCAUCUGCAAACCCUUGCAUUAUUUGAGGAUCAUGAACCAACGGGUGUGUGUUCUGUUGCUGCUGUUGGCCUGUGUUGGAGGUUUUCUGCAUGCUCUGGUUCACCUUGUCUUUGUUUACAACCUUCCCUUCUGUGGUCCCAAUGUCAUCGACCACUUCAUCUGUGACAUGUACCCAUUAUUAAAACUUGCCUGCACUGACACUUACGUUAUUGGCCUGACUGUGGUUGCCAAUGAUGGCGCAAUCUGUGUGGUCAUCUUUACGGUCUUACUCAUCUCCUAUGGGGUCAUUCUGCACUCCCUGAAGAACCUUAGUCAGGAAGGGAGGCGCAAAGCCUUAUCUACCUGUGGGUCCCAC